GUUAGGCACGAUGGCAAUCCCUGUAAAUUCAAAUAUUAGUAAUGGCCAAAUGCGUGUCAAUCCAUUUACAUCUUCGUCAUCUUUUUGUAUGAAUCGUAUUACUGUUGCUCGUCAUAUGUUGGAUUGUGCUAAUAAUAUCGCAAAUUAUCUUGAAGAUCCACAACGUGGACUAAAUAACACUCCUUUGGAUAUAUUGACACGUGGGCGUUGGACAAUGGAAUCUACUGUUGUUGAAGUUGGUAUAUCUGCAGCUGAUUUACCAACAGAUCCAACGCAAAAUAUUAUGGAAAUGGUCCAUGGUGCUGUUUCGGCUGCCAUGCAACGUCAAGAACGCAACCCUAACAAUGUUGAAAAUCCAGCUGAAAACAACCUUACAAUUAAUACUUUACCUACUACUCGUCUUAUUAUUGAAGAUGCACAUAGUGAAGAUGAUAGCCCAGUUGACGCAGAACCUAACGCAAAUGGUAAUGCUGCUGAAGGCGCUUCCCCUACAACGCCAACAGAAAAUACAGACAAUGCAAAUACUGCUACUUCCAAUGGUGGUUCAAAUGACACACCCCGACGUACACGUACACAAGUACUUGCAGAGGUUGUUGAACAAAUGCGUCGGGUGCAAGAACGUCUUAAUCCAUUUAUUGCACGUUUUUACACACUCUUACAUGAGGAUCCAACUUUUGAAGAAAAUGACACAACUGGACGUGAAGAAGCGCAACGCUUAUAUGAUCGUGUCUCCGAAGCUUUACAUUACAUGUCUCAUGCUCAACAUGCCAUUUCUGAUUUAAUGCUUGACGUUUCGCAAGCUACUCCACGCCAUUUAACUUGUCGUCCAAUAUUAGUCGAACAAAGUGGCUAUGUUACUUCAAAUAAUUAUAUUAUGGCUUCAGCUGCCGCCCAAGCCGCAGCUACGGCUCGUCAACAGAAUGCCAACAAUACUAGAAAUAAUAGAUAUAGACCAGCAAGCACAAGUACUUUAACUACUAAUAAUGAUUCUUCUAGUGCUAAUAACACUGAGAAUACAGGAAUGGGCACAGCUCAUGUAGCUAUCGUACCAAUACCUACUAACGCAGACAACGUUGUAGAGGAUCCAGUUGAUGAACCAAUUAUUGAAGUAAUGCCACCUACACAAGCAUCCAGUGUCAAUAUUGAAGGGCAAGGAAAUGGAGGUAUAGCGGAAAUUACUUUACAGUUAAACGGACGUCCUUCAAUUGGUACUUUAUGAUAUAUAAUUUUUCUUCGGUUAAUUUAUU